GCUAUGACUGGGAAAAUGGCAUCUAGCCUUACUUGUACGGGGGUAGUAUGGGCAUUUUUCUCUUUCCUCUGCGCCGGGGUUUCCUGCGUGGGCUUCUUCAUGCCUUACUGGCUGCUGGGCUCUCAGCUGGAGAAAUCGGUGUCCUUUGGCACUUUCCGGAGAUGCUCCUAUCCAGUACGAGACGAGAACCUCCAGAUCACGGUGAUGGUGGAGCAGUGUGGACGCUAUGCAUCUUUUCAGGCCAUCCCAAGCGUGGAGUGGAGGAUCUGCACUGUGGUGACAGGUCUGGGCUGCGGUCUCCUCCUCCUGGUGGCCCUUACGGCACUCAUGGGAUGCUGCGUGUCAGAGCUUAUCUCCAGGACUGUGGGCAGGGUGGCUGGAGGACUCCAGUUCUUGGGUGGUUUGUUAAUUGGUUCUGGCUGUGCUCUUUAUCCUCUGGGCUGGGACAGUGAAGAAGUCCGGCAGACCUGUGGUUACCUUUCCAACCAGUUUGAGCUGGGCACCUGUGAAAUUGGCUGGGCUUACUAUUGUACUGGAGGAGGAGCUGCCGCUGCGAUGUUGAUCUGCACUUGGCUGGCCUGCUUCUCUGGCAAGAAGCAGAAACAGUACCCUUACUGAGGCUAGAAAGACCCAGCACAACGAUUUGGAGUGUGGGGGGUGGGGAGAGAGAAAGGAAAAUAAAUGUGCAUGUAAGCCUUUCUUGGAAAGGUGCAUCUCUUCUUCACUGUAGCCAGAUCAAUACAAACGAGUCAGUGACCAAUGACGUUUGACACUGAACGAACAGGGGGGUUCUCUGCAAUUUAGGGGUAUAAGCCAGGAAUUUCAUGGAGCUUAUGCUCUUAACCACUUUAUUCCUAGCCUAUUGUGGUGUGGUAGAAAAUGCAGGAAGUAUUCACUUUCUUGUGUGUAGGGAGAAGGAAAUUAAGGGUUUUAAAGCAGUGCUUCAGUUGAAAGGGUUAAAAAAAACCCAACAUGCUGGAAGACAAGGAUGUAGCCUUAUAAAAUAUUAUUUAACACGACAGGGGAUUGGACAUAAAGGGGGCAUUUCUUCACGGUUUUGUUACUCUCACGGUGUGAGUAACCAGAUUUCUCUGACGUGAUCAGCUGCGUCGGCUCACAGCUACAGCACCUGCCUUUGUGUGUAUGUGUGUGUGGAUGGCAUCUAUUUUGAGGCCUUAAAAGUACUAGCCAAUCUGAUGCGGAGUUUAAUUUUGUGAACUUAACUAUGUUCUUGUUACGUGACUCCUGUAAAGCACAUCUGCCUACUUUUGCACAGACACUUUUUCCUUCACACGGCACCUAGCUGCAGAUUAUGUGGAGUCUUUUUUU